AUGCAAAAGUCAUUGCCAUCCAAUCAUCCACAGUUAGGUUCUACUUUCGUUAAUAUUGGUACAGUACAUCAAUCAAUGGGAGAAUAUUCCAAAGCACUCGUAUAUUAUGAAAAAGCAGUUGAAAUCUAUGAGAAAUCCUCGACAUUUGAUCACCUCGAUACAGCUACUCUGUUUGAGAAUAUUAGUAUGGUUUAUGACUCGACGGGAGAUUAUGCGAAAGCACUCUCAUAUUGUGAAAGAGCCUUAGAAAUCAAACAGAAAUGUUUGCUACCUAAUCAUCCUGAUCUAGGAAACUCAUAUAGCAAGUUUGCUUCGCUCUAUCGAUCAAUGGGACAGUAUAAGAAGGCACUUUUCUAUUACGAAAAGACACUCGAAAUUAGACAGUUAUGUCAUUCCCCUGAUCAUCUCAGCUUAGCAGACACCUAUGAAGGUAUUGCUGUGUUGCACUACUCCAUGGGACACUAUGUGGACUCACUUAUUAAUUAUCAGAAAGCCAUGGAAACGUAUCGGAAAAUUUUUCCAUCUGAUCAUGCAAAGUUGGCAUCUGUCUAUCAUGGUAUGGCCUUGGCGCUGUAUUCCGUGGGCCAAUAUUCUACAGCACAAUCCUCCUACCAAAAAGCUCUCGAAAUUCAAAAGAAAUUUCUUCCAUCUAAUCAUCCCGAUGUAGCAACUACCUACUGUAACAUUGCAUUGUUGCAUCGAUCAUUAGGAGAAUAUUCAAAGGCACUUUUCUACUAUGACAAGUCGCUUGAAAUUCGACAAAAAUGCUUUGCAGCGGAUCAUCCAGACUUAGCAGCAACCUAUAAUGGUAUUGCGCAGGUAUAUCGUUCUAUGGAGGAAUACUGCAAUGCACUUUCAUAUUUUCAAAAGACACUUGAAAUUCAGCAAAAAUGUCUUCCAUCAGAUCAUCCAGCUUUGGCUUUCACUUACUACGGCCUUGGUACUGUAUAUUACGCGAUGAAAGAUAAUUCGACAGCACUUUGCUUUUAUCAAAAAGCACUUGAGAUCUUCACCAAUUGUUUUCCAUCAAACCAUGCUCAUACGGUUACCACGUAUGGAAAUAUUGCAUUGGCGCAUGAAUCAAUGGGAGAGUAUAUGAAAGCUGCUUCUUAUUAUGAAAUGGUGCUUGAAGGAAAACGGAAGAGUCUUUCAGCCAAUCAUCCUUUGCUAGCUAAGGACUACAACAAGAUCGGUUCAAUGCAUUUUCUCGUUGAAGACUAUGGUGAGGCAUUAUCAUACUAUGAGAUGACUUUCGAAAUUCUAGUUAAAGCAUUGCCUUCUGGUUAUCCAUUAUUGGCUAUUCUAUACAGAGAUAUUGCCGAUGUUUAUCGAGCUAUGAGACAAUAUUCUUGCGCACUAUCAUACUAUAAGAAAGUACUUGAUAGCAUACAGACCGUGCCUUCCUUCUAUUUUCCAUGGCAACUAACUGUUCGUAAAAAUGUGAUUGAGAUGUCGGAAAAACUAAAUCAAUAUGACGAUACUGUUAAUUAG